UGCGCCGCCGCUCCGCUCCCAAAGCCCUGGAGACCGACGCACCACCUGGAUGUAGAGUCAAGGGGGAAAGCCAGGCUUUCCUUCCAGAAGCAAGGGAGAGAGCCGAGGAAACAGCUGCUGUGGAGGUUUCUAAGGAGACUCAGACUGGCUUUUUUCCCUGUUCCCGGGAGACGGCAGGAAACCUCAGCAGGGAGAAACACUGCUCCUUGGUCAGCGGACAGUCGCCAACCUGGAUGGAGUGAAAGAUGCGGCCCGAUGACAUCAACCCGAGGACUGGGCUGGUUGUGGCCCUGGUCAGUGUCUUCCUGGUCUUCGGCUUCAUGUUCACCGUCUCUGGGAUGAAAGGAGAGACUCUGGGAAACAUCCCCCUCCUGGCCAUAGGGCCCGCCAUCUGCCUGCCAGGCAUUGCGGCCAUUGCCCUGGCCAGGAAGACCGAGGGCUGCACCAAGUGGCCGGAGAAUGAGCUGCUGUGGGUCCGAAAGUUGCCUUGCUUCCGGAAACCCAAGGACAAGGAGGUGGUGGAACUGCUGAGGACCCCUUCAGACCUGGAGUCAGGCAAGGGGAGUUCAGAUGAGCUGGCUAAGAAGGCGGGCCUCAGGGGGAAGCCUUCCCUCCAAGGGCAGGGCGAGCUGCCUAUGGCCAGCUCCAUCACCACCCCAACACCCAUGGAGGAAGGAGAAUGCCAGAGCCCCGGCCAGAGCGGGCGUCGGGAGGAGUCCAGAUACUUGGAUGGCUAUUGUCCCUCGGGCAGCUCCCUCACCUAUAGUGCCUUGGAUGCCAAGUGCUCAGCCUGGGACAGGUCUGAGCAUCCUGAGCCCGAGGAUAGCAUCUUCUUCGUGCCCCAGGACAGUAUCAUCGUUUGCUCCUACAAGCAGAACAGCCCCUAUGACAGAUACUGUUGUUACAUCAAUCAGAGCCGAGGCAGGUGGGACCACGAGACCAUAGUCUAAGUUUUGCAUACAAGGGUCGCUGUGUUGAUAGAAACGUGACUACACUCGGCUCCCAACAGAAGGAAACUGCCCUGCUCCAACAGCCUUCACAUGGUUAGAAACUGACCUGGUAUGUGAUGGGCGUGCAAGCCCGGUGUGUGAGAGUCAUGUAAAUAGGCAUGUUUGGGACACGUUUCAGGAAAGGAGGCUGAGGGUUAAGGACACUGGACGAGGCAGUGGGUAGGAAAGGAAGCAGUUUCAAUUGCUUUUAAGCAAUUUAAACGAUAUUGGAUGCUUUGUAAAAUAUGGCAGAAAGUGCUACCCAGCACCUGCUGAAAGCAAGAUAAAUCUAGAGUGGGUUGCAGAUAACAGACAUGAAACAAUAUGUGGACUACUCAUAGAGAAAUUGAGAUGCUUUUGGUCUAAAGAAGUUGAAUGAAAAAACAAUUCAAUACUUCAUUCUAUGAAAUGAUUUUUUUUUUGUCCAGUGAAAGCUUUUCACACUUAGUAUUUGCUGAAAGAAAAAAAAUUAAGAUAAAAUAGCUACAUCCCUCCUAAAGUGUGAUGGUUACUGGAGAAAGGGAAGUUAAAGACAGGUGAAUCAUGUAAUUGAGUUUUAUGGUUAUUUACCUUCAGACAAGAUCAGGGAUUUUUAGUAAAGUAAAAUAAGUGUGACCAGUUAUGUGAAAAACUAACAUUUUUAGAUGGCUAUGUUACUUCUGAAACUCUUCAUUUGUAUUGACUUACUGGGUCUUUAUCUGAAGUGUUUUUUAGCAUAUACUGUCAAUCAUGUACAAUUUCCUCAUCAGGUGCAAUAUGACUUGAUAUAAUAUUUUCAUAGAUUAGAAUUUGUUUUCAUCAAGUCAGAAUGGACUUUACAUAUGUAUACAAGUGUCUUUAACAUUUUUGGAAUAUGUAAUUAUGAUUCUUAAAUGCCUUUUAAAUUGUGAAGAUUGUGACAUCAAUACCAUUAGUCUUGAACUUUCUGCAGAAUUUAUGCAUAAUUGAUGUUUAAAUUUCUGGAAAUGUCUUUAUUUGUACAUUUGUUUGACACUCCCAAAGACUGUCAAUGCCAGUGAAACAAGUUAAUCCACUAGAUUUAACUAAAGCCCAGUUUUCAUUGAGUUCUCCUGAUCAGUGAACAUUACAUGACAAAGGUCUGUUUCAUUUAAUUUUUUGCUGCUGAGGGAAAAAAAAAUCACAGUGGGAUCCUAAAAAUGUAUUUCCUUUUUCAUUUGCUCAACUGGCAAUCAGCCAAAAUACCAUUUGAUCCCUGUUGAAGAAAAAAUUAAAUUAUAUGUAGAAAUGCUGGUAUAUUUCAUUUUGAAGAUCAGGAUAACUUUGCAUCCUUUAGAGAAUGAUUUGCUUUUAAUGACUGUAUAGUUUCAGCCACUUCCUCCCAAAAGGGGAACUGAGGACAAAAAUUUGGGGCAUACCUCUUUUGUAUAUUUCAAGUCCAACUCUGCAAUUCUUUACGUGUAGCAAUUAUUUUGUCUUGAGAAUUAUUCCCCUAAAAUCAAAAUUUUCUAACCAAAUUCAACAUCAGAAAUAUUUAAUUGUUGGAAAAUGAAAUCUGUGAUCCUGAGCACAUUUUACCACCUCUGUCCCUGAAAUGAGGGAAGUGGGACUUACUUACACUAGAUUAGUUCUAUCGUUCAUUCCCGGUUUGGAUAUUCUAUGGCAUUAUGUCAAAAGCAUUUUAUAUUUUGCCAGGAAAUGAUUUACAGCAAAAUGCAUGCCAAAGUUAUGCAAUCCAUAAUAACAAUUAUGAUACAUGGAUUUAGCUCUUGUUGCUAUUCAAAAGAAUUUUGUAGAUGUAUGAAAGCAUAUUUGUUUUGCUACUAAAUAUUAUUUAUUCAAAAAAUGCACUUCUGGGGAUAAAAUAAAGAUGAUAAGAGUGAAAUAUUUUUCAGGAGAAAAUUUUCAAUAUUGGUAUAACCCCAAAUAAUCAAAUACAUAUCUUUGCACUAAAUGUAAUUUACUUUGGAUUUGGAAUGGAGGAAAAAUCAUUUCCUAAAAUUGUAAUGCCUCUUAAUAAGUCUAAAGCAUUUUGAAAGAUGGAAACCAUGUUUCUAGGAAGGUAAAAAUUAUUGGAUAACUCUAAGGAAUAAAAAGUUGCUCUAAUUUAUUUGUCUUUGUGGACAUCUUUAGAGGUGAGGAGAGAGCAAGACAUCAGAGAGAGGUGUUCACACAGACUCAGCAAAUCCUACACAGGGUCUGAAAAGAGAUGGCUGUAAGGUCAGGUUUGGGAUUUGGAAAAGUUACUUGCUGAUUUCUUCAAUUCAAACUCCUUCAUAUCAUACACACACACACACACACACACACACACACACACACACACACGCACACUCCACUUUCCAUAUCCAAAGUCAGCUACUAGUCUAGAGAGAUAAGGUAUUUUAUCACACUUUCAAGUCCUAUUUCAGAAGAAACUUAAUUUUAAGUUUCUUCUUCCAUCUACCUACUUAAGAUCCUUAAAUUAUCUAAGAAGGCAUUUGAGGGAAUUUUCUGCAAUGCUAAAAUAAUGGUGUGCAAGUGUUGAGCUGAGAGGCUUAACUUUGACCAGAAAGAAUAAAAUGUGUAAUUGUGUGUGUGAAUUUUGCUUUAACAGUUUAUGUUAAUCCACCCCUGCCUAACAUGAAGCAAGGUAGCCUAGUGCCCCAUGUCAACACUUGUUAAGUGCUAUUAAGGGUAAAACUGUCAUUAUUUUGAACAGAGUGGACAAGAAGAGAAAAGGGUCUGAGCGCUUUACAGGAACACAGAGCAGUUCAUUCCCGUCAACAGUGCUAGCAAAUGAUUAACAUGAACAUCACCAACAUGAGGAUUAUUCCUGGUAUCCUCUAAGAGCUUUCAGAGAGAUAUAAAUUUAACUCAGCAUUGGUUACUUUUACUUUUCUGUUAAUCCAAAUAGUCAUUUCAACUUGAUUUUAAAUAGGCAUUUUAUUUUUGAAAUCCCCUCUACUGAAUUUUUCUUGCUCUAUAUUCCUAUUUAUAUUAUACACUGGUUCUUUUUCCACACUGUUUCUUGAAUCCGAAGUGUGAUUUCAGCCAAGAUAGCCAAGCUGGAGCUUACUUAAACAACUGUUUCGAGAUUUAGUUUCCACUGCAAUCAUGACAAACAAAUCCAGAUACAGUUAAGUUCAGGCUAUCUUCCAAACCGUGCUAACCAGCUCCUUUGAGAAUGUUUUCAGUAGUAUGAAUCUUAACACUCAUAAACUGGUAAUGUAGAGAAAAGAGAUGCAUUCUUUCAAAUAUUUUUCCUUUUGUUAUAUCCAACCUCUACUUCUUUAUGAAUAUCACCCUCCUACUUCUACAGCAUCAUUUAUUUGGUGAAUUUGCUGCUUUAUUAUUAUUUUAUAACAUUAAAUAAAAUGUUUUUGAAAAUCCACAGACCCACUAUCCUAACAGAACUACACACAUUUCCAUUUCAGUUUAUUAUCUUCCAGGCCUCCUCUACCUGCAUAUGCACAAUUACAUAUUGUAAUUGUGCCUCGUUUUCUUUUCUCUUUUAGUUAUAUCUCAAAUAUGUUUUCAUGUUUCUGUGUAGUGUCCCUAAUUGUCACUUAAUAAUUGUGUAAUAUGACAUUUUAGUGAAGUACCAUAAUUUAUCAUGCCGUUCCUUACUGCAAGCCAAAUAUCAAGGAUUAUGGAUUACUUUGUUGGUUUUUUUUUUUCCUAUUGUUGGUAACAUAGCCACAUUAUUUGUCAUUUGCCACAGAGGUGAAAAUUUACAAUUGAUAAACUAUUUCCUAGUAGGUGAGAGUGAGGAGGCAGAAAUGUGUAAAUGGAUCAUACACUCAAAUUGUUUUUUUUCCUUCACUCAGAUAGAUGCAAAGAAUAGGGUAAGAAACAAAAUGAUGCUUCUUCAAAAAGGUCCCCUGUUAGGACCAAAGGCAGUAUUUUUAAGAGCGAGAUGAAGCAAAGCCACUAUUUCUAUGAGUAAGAUAAGACAUUUCCCCAGUUAAGAUGCUGCUAGCAUGUAACUCAAAAGCAGAUGACAGUGGUCUCAAUCUUCAAGAGCAUAAUGUUGAACAACCAAAAUGAAGAGCAGCUGUAGACAAUAAUGAUUACUUUGUACUAUGUCAGAAGCAUUUUCUUAAGGUAUCUCACCAUAUAUUUUAUAUAUAUUUAAUAUGUAUGUAUAUUCUUACCUAUUAGUGACUUUCAAAUGAACUGGAAUUUCAGGAAUUCAAUAGACUCUAUCCAUGAGUUUUCUAUGUUUCAGUUCCUCACUGGAAAAAUUAAACUGGAGAUAAAAAUGUGGAUAAAUGCUUGGUUCAUCCGAAUAUCUCAAUAAAGAAUUGAAUUCCA